CGGUCCCACGCUGCAGACUCAGUGCCUUAUUCAGUCUUCUCUCGCGCUCUCUGCUGCUGUCGCGGACCCCUCGCCUUCGCCGCCCCUCCGCGUCUGCACCUCCCUGCAAUGGCUAAGACAGCGAUGGCUUACAAGGAGAAAAUGAAGGAGCUGUCCAUGCUCUCGCUCAUCUGCUCCUGCUUCUACCCUGAGCCCCGAAACAUCAGCAUCUACACUUACGACGACAUGGAAGUGAAGCAGAUCAACAAACGUGCCUCUGGCCAGGCUUUCGAGCUGAUCUUAAAGCCACCGUCUCCCAUCUCAGAAGCCCCGCGAACUUUAGCUUCUCCCAAGAAGAAAGACCUGUCCCUGGAGGAGAUCCAGAAGAAACUGGAGGCCGCCGAGGAGAGAAGAAAGUCUCAGGAGGCCCAGGUGCUGAAACAGCUGGCGGAGAAGCGGGAGCAUGAGCGGGAAGUCCUGCAGAAGGCACUGGAGGAAAACAACAACUUCAGCAAAAUGGCCGAGGAAAAGCUGAUCCUGAAGAUGGAACAGAUUAAGGAAAACCGUGAGGCUAAUCUAGCCGCUAUCAUUGAACGUCUGCAGGAAAGGGAGAGGCACGCCGCGGAGGUGCGCAGGAACAAGGAGCUGCAGGUGGAACUGUCCGGCUGAGGCGAUGGAGGGUGUGGCACGCCCCGCCGCUAGGAAGUCCCCCUGCCUGUAGCAUAAGGGAUCUUGCGAUAUCAGUAUGAGAAAUGUGUGACAUGGUUUAAGAAGAACUCACUAU